CCGCACCUUCGGGGCCCCGUCUCGCCCACCCCCGUAGUACCUCAGAGACCUCCUCUUCUUCCUCUUCCUCGUCGUCUUCCUCGUCUUCCUCCUCCUCACUACCGUUGUUGCUGCUCUCGCUGCCGCCGCCGCCACUCUCGCUGCUGCUGGCCGCCCGGCCCGCCCGGCCGCUCCGCUUCGCCUUCGCCGGCACCUUCUUUUUCAGCAGCAGGUCGCAUACCCUCACCAGCCCCAUCGGCGCCGCCGCUGCCGCCCCGGUCGAGCACGAUGGCGAGGUACCGGCGCCGCCGUUCAGCCCCUCCGGGGGACCAGGCCCCGCCGUAGCGCUCCCGGCCUCACCCCCAUCACCACCUCCUUCGGUUGCCGCCACCACAACCGCCGCCGAGCCGGCCGCCUUCUCCAUAGCUGCCGAUCCAACUCGCUCAGCGGCCGCAAGUUUCCUGAGAGUGAAGAAAUUAAAGAAAUUCCAGACAGAUUGAGAAUUAAACCAGGGUGGUGCUAGCCUGAGAGGACUGCUUAGAGUUACAACAGCCCUGUUCAUCGAGGGACAGCACUUCUAUGUGGACAGAAGGUACAGGAUUUACAUUAAUGCUACCACUCAGAUACACACCCUAUGAUAGCCCUUUUGGGAUUGACUCCUGUCUACAUUUGGCAGCUUUUCUGAUCAUUUUAACCCACAUCAUAAUCUGCAACCAUGAAGUGGGUAACAUUAAUUUCAUUUAUUUUCCUCAUAAGUUCUGCCAGUUCCAGGAAUCUGCAAAGAGUCGCUCGAGGGGCAGAGCACAAGAGUGAGAUUGCCCAUCGCUACAAUGACUUGAAGGAGGAGACAUUUAAGGCAGUUGCCAUGAUCACAUUUGCCCAGUAUCUCCAGAGAUGUUCUUACGAGGGACUGUCUAAGCUGGUAAAAGAUGUUGUUGAUCUGGCACAGAAGUGUGUGGCCAAUGAGGAUGCUCCUGAGUGCACAAAAUCACUGCCCUCUAUUUUCCUGGAUGAAAUCUGCAAAGUCGAAAAGCUCCGUGACUCAUAUGGUGAAAUGGCUGACUGCUGUAGUAAGGCUGAUCCUGAAAGAAAUAAGUGCUUCCUGUCAUUUAAAGUCGACAAGCCAGACUUCAUUCAGCCAUACCAGAGACCAGCUGCUGAUGUGAUAUGCAAGGAGUACCAGGACAACCGGGUGUCAUUCAUGGGACAUUUCAUCUACUCUGUUGCAAGAAGAACCCCCUUCUUGUAUGCUCCAACAAUCCUUAAUCUGGCUGCUGAUUAUGAACAUGCACUUCAGAGCUGCUGCAAAGAGACUGACGUUGAUGCUUGUUUGGAUGAAAAGGCAGGUGCCAUAAAAGAAAAAGCCAAGAAAAUAAGCCUGAAACACCAGCAUUCUUGUGAAAUCCUCGACAAGUUUGGUGAGAGAACUUUCCAAGCAAAUAAACUUGCUCUCCUGAGCCAGAAAUAUCCCAAGGCUUCGUACGCAGAACUUAUUAAAAUUCUACAGAAGAUUUUGGGUAUCCACAAAGAGUGCUGUGAAGGGGACAUGAUAGAGUGCAUGGAUGACAAUGCAGAGCUUAUAACAUAUAUGUGCUCUAAACAAGAUGUUUUCUCAAGUAAAAUCAAAGACUGCUGUGCCAAGCCAGUUGUGGAACGAAGCCAGUGUAUUAUUGAAUCAGAUUUUGAUGAGAAACCUGCAGAUCUUCCUUCACUAGUUGAAAAAUACAUCCAAGAUAAGGAAGUGUGCAAGAGCUUUGAAGCAGGCCAUGACGCAUUCUUGUCAGAGUUUGUUUAUGAAUACUCACGGAGACACCCUGAGUUCUCCACACAGCUGAUUCUGAGAGUUGCUAAGGGAUAUGAAACACUCCUGGAAAAGUGCUGCAAGACAGACAACCCUGCCCAGUGCUACGGAAAUGCUCAAGAGGAUUUGAACAAGCAUAUCAAAGAAACUCAAGAUGUUGUAAAGACCAACUGUGACCUUCUUGCUACCCAUGGUGAAGCAGAUUUUCUUAAAGCACUUCUCAUCCGCUACACAAAGAAAAUGCCUCAAGUAUCAACUGACACCUUGCUGGAAAUUGGAAAGAAAAUGACAGCUGUUGGUACUAAGUGCUGCCAGCUUCCUGAGAACAAACGCAUGCCUUGCGCUGAGGGAUAUCUGAGCAUUGUGAUUCAGGAGAUGUGCAAGAAGCAGGAGACCACACCUAUAAAUGACAACGUUUCACACUGCUGCAGUGACUCCUAUGCUUACAGGAGACCCUGUUUCACUGCCAUGGGAGUAGAUACCAAAUACGUGCCUCCAGCAUUUAACCCUGAUAUGUUCAGCUUUGAUGAAAAAUUGUGCACUGCUGCUCCUGCUAAACGGGAACUAGAGCAGAUGAAAUUGCUUGUCAACCUCAUUAAACGUAAGCCCCAGAUGACAGAAGAACAAAUCAAGACAAUUGCUGAUGGUUUCACUGCCAUGAUGGACAAGUGCUGCAAACAAUCAGAUAUUGAGACAUGCCUCGGGGAAGAGGGUGCAAACCUGAUAGUCCAGAGCAGAGCCACAUUAGGAAUUGGUGUUUAACACACGGUUGCCACUGGGGGAAAUAUGAAGAAAAAUACUUCUUUGUAGCUUCUCCUGCCCAUUACCUUUUUUCCUUUGGUAUUGAAUGAGUAUUUCGUAAAUCUUCAGCGUUUUGUCAAACCACAUACUCUUCCAGAAACUUUUCAAUGCUAUCACUUUGAAAAAAAUAUAAAAAAAUAAAAGCUUUAUAAAUCUG